AGCUUGUUGAAGUUGAAGUGUCGUCAGCUGGAGCCAAGUCACAACAGCUAUUUUUAUUUGUUGUACUUACAAUAGAUGGAUCUUCGUGAGGAAAAAGUGCAGCGGAUCCUGUCCAAGUACAAAUUCCACGAUGUCGCAGUUGAGGAGCUGCAGAAAAUCCAUCGCAUCCACCCCGGUAUGAUACCAUCCUCAGGCACAUACACGUUCAGUGAUGGCACCCAGAAAGAUCUCCUGAAAUUAAUUGGUAACAUCCCUGUCAAGUAUGAAGGACGUUCCUACAACAUCCCCAUCCAGCUGUGGCUUUUGGACUCAUUCCCUUUCACCCCACCCAUAUGCCUCCUGAGACCGACCCCUGAAAUGGUCAUCAGAGAAGGCAAGCAUGUAGACUCCAAAGGACGGAUCCACCUGCCAGGGCUGCACAGCUGGGAUUUUCCCAAAUCAUCUGUGGUGGGUCUUCUGAAUGAGAUGAUCCGUAAGUUUGAAGAGGAUCCUCCACUGUCAUCAAAAAAAGACAACAAAGACCCCCAUGAGCUUCUGGCAUUUGUCUCCAAUAUCCAGAUCAAUGAUGGUGGAAAAAGACAUCAUGAUCAACAGAUCAAUAAAGUCUCAGUUAUUGGUGGAGGAGAUUUAGGGAUGGCAUCAGUGAUGAGCAUUUUGGCAAAGUGUACAGUGGCUAAACUUGUUUUUAUUGACAUUGCUGAGAGUUCGACCAAAGGAGGCAGCACAGACUUAGAGAUUUUCAAUCUGCCGACAGUCGAGGUAUCCAGAGAUAUGUCUGCCUCUGCAGGCUCCAGGGUUAUCGUGGUAACUGCAAACGCGUGGAGCAGUGAGCAGUCAUACGUUAGCUUGGUUCAGACUAAUGUCGACCUGUACCGAGGAAUCAUUCCAAAUCUGGCACGUCUCAGCCCCCAUGCUGUGAUGCUCAUCGCCUCACAGCCAGUGGACAUCAUGACCCACGUCGCCUGGAGGCAGAGCGGCCUGCCACCGACACGGGUGAUCGGGCCGGGGUGUAACCUGGACUCAGAGCGACUCAGUCACAUACUGGAUAUUAACCUGAACACUCACAAACAAGCCUGGGUCAUAGGAGAACUCUCCGACAACAAAGUCGCUGUGAUGAGUAACACUGGGCUGAGCUCCAGUACGCAGACAGAGAUCGCUCCAGGAUCCAGCUCUACCAAACCAUUGUUAGACAGAGCAUUUGACAUGAUGAAGAAUCGAGGUCAGCGUUCAUGGUCUGUGGGUUUGUCCAUUGCUGACAUCACAAACAGUAUCCUGACAGAUAAGAUGAAGACCCACUCUGUCUCCACACUGGCUCAGGGCUGGGGUGGCAUAGGUGCGGAGGUGUUCCUCAGUCUGCCGUGCAUCCUGGGAUCUAAUGGGUCCACACGCCUGGCUGGAGUGUCACUGGGACAGGAGGAAGACUCUAAACUCAGGGACACUGUUACCUCCCUGUCUAACCUCAUUAGUCAGCUUAGGAUAUGA